AUGCCGUCCCCACCGCCCAAAGCCCGCGACGCCCUCCACUUCGCCGCCUCCUCCGCCGCGGCAAUAGAACCGUACCUGCCCCCUCGCACCACCGAUCCCACUUCCACUUCCUCUCCCCCUCCUCCCCCUCCCCCUCCUCCUCAAUCGUCGCCAUCGCCAUCGCCAUCAGCAUCGCCGCCGCCGUCCUCCCCACUCAACCGCCCCUUCGUGACCCUCACCUUCGCCACCUCGCUCGACAGCGCCCUCGCCCUCGCGCCCGGCACGCAGACGGCCCUGUCCGGCCCCGCGUCAAAGGCCAUGACGCACCACCUGCGCUCGCGGCACGCGGCCAUCCUCGUCGGCGCGGGCACCGCCGUCGCCGACGACCCGUCGCUCAACUGCCGCAUCGAGGGCGUGGGCGGGUACGGCGGCGAGGAAGGCGAGCCGCUCGCGGGGCAGCCGCGGCCCGUGGUGGUGGAUCCGAGGGGGAGGUGGGAUUUUAGCGGCGGGGAGGACGGCGGCAAAGGGCUUGCGAAGGUGUUGAGGUUGGCGGGGGAGGGGAGGGGGAGGGCGCCGUGGGUGGUUGUGGCGGAGGGGGUGGGGGGGAGGGCGCUGGGGAGGAGGAGGAGGGAUGUGUUGGAGGGGUGUGGGGGGCGAGUGUUGGAGGUUAGGGUUCGGGAGGAGGAUGGGCGGAUGGAGUGGGGCGAUGUGCUGGGCCGGCUGGCGGCCGAGGGGAUCGAGAGCGUCAUGGUGGAGGGAGGGGCCGGCGUGAUCAACGCGUUGCUGGAGCCGCGGAACGUGGGGUUGGUGGAUUCGGUCAUCGUUACGGUGGCGCCGACUUGGUUGGGGCAGGGUGGCGUGGUGGUGUCGCCGCCGAGGAGGGUCGACGGGGAGGGCAGGCCGGUGGCGGCGGCCAGGUUGAAGGAGGUCAAGUGGUGCCCUCUGGGCGAGGAUGUGGUGCUGUGCGGAAGGCUGUAG